AUGGAGAAGAUAGAGCACAUCUUAGAUGCGUAUGCCACAAGCUGUGAAGAUGCAGGUUGGAAGCGCAGAGGAGAAGCGCACAAGGGACACGUGUACACCGAUCAUUCAGUUGGGGAUGUAAUGAAAUGCAAACUGAUGGUUGCAGCAUUAUUUUUUGUCACUGGGUGGGGAAAUGAAAUGAACGAUGAUACGGGCGCAUCGGCAAAUGAUAAGGACAUGAAGGCUAUUAUGAGAUGCAUGGUAGCAGAUGUUUUUGCGAAUAUAUUGGCUGAAAUAAAGUGUAAAUAUGAGUGGACUGGAAUAGACAGGGCAUGGGAAAUCAUGAGAGGCAUGGGAAAAGCCGGUGGCGUCGAGAAUCCAAUUUCAAGUGGCACCUGUACGCUGGAUGCGUAUAAGGAUACUAAUAUAGGCACAGGGGAUUUACAGGGGGCGGUAAAAAACUGGUUGAACACAAGUAACAAGAUACGUGAUAGUAUAAAACAAAUAGAGCAGAACCCACAAUGCAAAAUAAAAUGGGCACAGUACAAGAAAAGUAUGGCACAGAGCGAAAACGAUGCAUUAGCAACAACAACAGCGACAGUGGAUCAACGGGCAGGUGCCAUGGGUAAUGCUGGCAUUGAAAAAGAAAUAGUGAACGUGGUGAAGGACGUAUUCGACAAGAUGAAGGAAGAAGUAAUACACAAGUCCAAGUCACCGCCAGAACUACAAGGAGCAGGUAAAUCAAGUGCAGGACCCGAACUCGGGGAUCCCGCACGAGGCAGAAGCCACCUACACCACCAGAGAGUGCAGCAUCCGGUACAGGGACACCAUCAACGGAUACUGAAAACCCAGAUAUCUGUGAAUGCAGGAUUGGGUAUGCCCGGUGCUACAUCGACUACCACUAUCUCCAUUGCAUCGGGUGCCGGAGCUGAUGAUGAAUGCGGGCAGAAGUCCAAGGCCUCGAGCGAAGGUAGUGUCCUGAGUGAAUUUCGACAACAAAGACAAAGAAAAAAAAAAAGAAACAACAAUUUCCGCAGAGAGGAGAAAAAAAGAAACAACAACAAUUUCCGCAGAGAGAGAGAGAGACACCACGGAGAGAGAGCCAGAGAGAGAAACCAAACGUCGAAUGAGAGUGACCGGCACAGCGUGCCGGGGACAGCCAGGCGAGCGAGUACUGUGGCUAAGGACGAUAAUGUAGAUUCAAACCAGGCACCAGCAGCAAAAUCACUGGAACCAUCCACAAGAACAUCCAGUGAUACUACCAUACUGGACAGGAUGAAUCCACAGAACCCUGAGCCCCCCUCCCCUGAUUCACCCGGAUCAAAUCAUCCAAGGGACUAUGAUCCACAUUCAACCGGCUUUUGCUUCCUCGACAGUAGUGGUGCGGAAUGCCAGGAUUUGACCAAAUCCUCUGCUACUGGUCCCUAUUCCGUCUUCGGUGAAACGGAAAAGACUGUUGAUCCUCCCUCUUGGACAGGUGAUAGUGAUAUGUUUGACAUAGAUACCUCUAAAUAUCCCUUGGAUUUAUCGCCCACUAAAUGGAAUAGGACCUACAAUAAAUGCAACGGGGCAAACUGUGAUCCUCAUAUAUCACCAGGCUAUGUACCAGGAUUAGAUGAUGUUGCGAAUGGAUUUGUACCACCGAUUCCAGCAGAUGGAACACUCAGUUCAUCGGGCGGUAACCAAGGUGGGAAGGAUGAUGGUUACGCUGUCCCUGACCUAACCGCCGACGUCCUUACCGCCACUACUCCGAUUCUCUUCUUCCUGUCCGCCGUCAUCGUCGCUCUUCUUGGUUAUUCGCUUUGUAAGUACUUUGCGUACCUCGGAACAAAACGACGACGAAAGUUUCGCACCGUGCGUGACGUGCCGUCACCGCCACUCGACGAAGACAUAUUGCAACAUCUACAACGCGGCGAGCCGCCGCCACCCGAUUAUGGGUACACGAUGGUUAGGGAUACGCAGCCCGGCAAAUUGCCCGCCGACCGACGCGCACAACGCCCACCACGCGUGCAUACACGCACGAUUAUCGACCUACAUCUAGAAGUGCUCAACGACUGUGAAGCGACAAAUUGGGAAAACGUCAAAGACGACUAUUGGAAGAUUGUCGUGGAGGAGUUUGCACACGAGUUGAUGCGCGCUGCACACGGGCACAGUAGUUCCUUGGAUGCUCCUACCACAAACCAGGCUUUAUCACGGAACACUCUUUCAGCCAACGUGCACCCACCCACUGACACCGCUGUAACGGAUGCAUGUCCACCACAUGACCCCGAUCCAUGGCGUUGUAUGGAAACCAUGAAGUUCGAAAGGGACCGUUGUCCACCGAAUGAAGAGGACCCCGAUCCAUGGAGUUGUAUGCAAAACAUACAGUUAGCAAUGGACCCUUCUGCACCGAAUGAACACGACCCCGAUCCAUGGAGUUGUAUGGAAACUAAACAGUUAGCAGCGGACCCUUGUCCACCGAAUGACCCCGAUCCACGGAGUUGUAUGGAAACUAUACCGUUAGCAACGGACACUUCUCCACCGCAUGAAGAGGACUCCGAUCCUUGGAGUUGUAUGGAACACAUACAGUUAGAAACGGACCGUUGUCCACCUAACAAAGAGCACCCCGAUCCAUGGCGUUGUAUGGAAACCAUACGGUUAGCAACGGACCCUUGUGCCCCUAAUGAAGAUAAUCCCGAUGCAUGGAGUUGUAUGGAAAACAUACAGUUCGCAACGGACCCGUUUCCACCGAAUGAAGACGACCCCGAUCCAUGGAGUUGUAUGGAACCCAUACAGUUACCAACGGAACCUUGUCCACCUAAUGAAGAUGACCCCGAUCCAUGGAAGUGUAUGGAAACUAUACAGUUAGCCACGGACACUUGUGCACCGCAUGACCCCGAUCCAUGGCGUUGUAUGGAAUCCAUACAGUUAGCAACGCACCCUUGUCCACCGAAUGAACACGACCCCGAUCGUUGGCGUAGUAUGGAAACUAUAGAGUUAGACACGGACCGUUCUCCAUCUAACGAGCAGGACCCAUGGAAGUGUUUGGAAACUAUACAGUUCGAUGCAGAACAGAGUCGUUCCCAACCAGUGGCGACACGUGACAUGCGGGCCCCCGACCACACUAAUUGGAUUAACUGGAUUCACCGCAACAAACAUAUUCUGCGGGCGUGCACGACGCAAACAUGGUUGUUGCAGCUAACGUUGGCAUGGAAACAAUACCUGCUUGCACACAUGGUGGCAAACGAACACAACGGGCACCGUGCAUUCGGUGAAGCUGCAAUCCUGCCGAUGAUGAAACUGCGGUUGUGGAAAGAAUGGGUAGCGCAACAACACGGGAACAUCAGUAUGUAUGGCCAGGAGGCGCGGUUCCAACAUUUGUUGAAUAGUGUAGAGGAAGAGACAGUAACGGCAACAGGCGAAAGCCCUGGAGUGGAAAAAGACUUAGAGGUGGAAAAAGUAAUGGCCGCAGAAGAUAUACUCAGAGUGAAAGUUGUACCAUGGUCGCAACUGCAACCGCAACCUUACAUGAAACAACCGUUAACCGCUAACAUAUGCAUACUGCUCCUGGCAUUAGUCAUAGAACAGUGCGAAAUCGAGAGUAGCAUGCAAGAUACGGAGUUAUAUGUAGAUGACCUAUUGCUACAGUGUUCACAUUAG